CCUGGCCAAAAAAAUCACCAUUUCAGAUGAGUCAAAUUAUUGGUCUGAACUCACAGGAUUGACUAAACAACUAUGUUACCAUAAGCAAACCACUUGAUUGAGAGACUAAUUAGGAAAAAAGCUUCCGUUUGCUGGAGAACAUAAAGAUUGGACAAUGAAAAAAGGUCAUGUGGUCUGCUGAGGUCAAACUGACUCUAUUCCAGAGCGAUGUGCGCGUCAGGGUAAGAAAGAAAGCACAUGAAUCAAUGCACCCAUCAUGCAUAGUGUCCACUGUACAAGCCUCUGGAGGCAGCGUUAUGAUCUGGGUUUGCUUCAGUUGCUCAGGUUUAGACUCAGCAACGUUAUGCGGCAAUAAAAUGAAGUCAGCUGACGACCUGAAUGUACUAAAUGACCAGGUUAUCACAUCUAUGCAGUUUUUAUGCCCUGAUGGCACAGACAUAUUCCUGGACUCAAUUUGUAAAAGAGUGGCCUGGGAGCAUGAGGAAUCAUUUUCACACAUGAACUGGCCACCACGUUGUGUGCUAUAAUCAAAGCUAAAGGUGCAUGAGAUGUAAAAAGCUGCAUAGCCGUGGCAAAGAACUCAAACAUUCCUGUCAAUGCAAAUAUCAGCAGUCAUAUUAUGUUGGUGGAAAUUGAAUGUAUUUUAAUGCUUAUUGAAGUUAACCACAACUAAUCAUUUUUGGACAGGUGCACAUGUUAAAAGGUCAUGGGAAAAGGUCAAAGGUAGUACCAGACAGGGAAGGUAAGAGCGAAGUCGCUUGAAAUUACCUGAAAACACCAAGAACAACAGUUACACAGAGAACAAUAACUCUUUUUGAGACAGUUCAUAGGCAAAAGGGAACCUACUGUACCUAUUUCCUCAUAAUUUGGACAUUUAAAUAAUGCAUUGCAUUGUGGGAUUGAAAGACCAAAUUACGCAUCCCCCACUGAUAUAUACAGUAAUUUAUAAGGUUUACUAGUGAACAGGUGUGUUUACUCUAGUUUUAGAAAAAAAACACUUACACAUGACUAGUUAAAAAAUAAAGAGAGUGUGAGAGUUAUGAAAUGGUUAAGAUAUUUCCCCAAAGAAAAACAUGCAGUGGGUUAAAUUUCACUUCUGCUGUUCCAGUGUUUAAUAUUUCACAGCACAGCACAUUUCCUUUUCCUUCAGGACAGCACUACGAACGGUAUUAUCACAAGAUCCUGCGUUAGCUCAGUGCUUCAUUGCAUUGAAUAUUGAAUAAGAAUAUUGCUCUUUAGUGAGUUAAUUUACCGUUACUUUUCUUUAAAAAAUUUUUUUUUUUUCAACCGUUGAUAAACUUAAGCAGGCUCACCACGAUGGAACGUCUUGUAUCCCUCAGAGUUGGACUUCUUGUAUUCAUAGUUUGUCACUGUAUGUUAAACCAGAAACUGGAGUGAAGAUCUGAAGCAGUGGCAAUCGACAGCUGUUGUGUAUCAGCGUGUGUGCCCACCCGCUGUGUGUGUCAUCUUUCCCACUGCUGCGUGUUUGUGUUUGUGUCUGCUCGCUACCCUUGACCUGACUAAAGUGUCACCAUGUGGUGGACUCUUCUCCUGGCACUCUUCCUAUUACUGGUGCUCCAAGCCCAGUUGUACGUGUGCCUGCGGGAACUCAGAUCCUCGGCGACCUCUGCGACCUCUGCGACCUCUGCGAACCCGCAUGAGAACACCACCAGCAGCAGCGCCUCGCGACGCAUCCCGGGUGCCAUCAUCAUCGGGGUACGCAAGGGUGGCACCAGGGCCCUGCUGGAGAUGCUCAACCUUCAUCCAGAUGUGGAGGUUGCCAAGGCCGAAGUGCACUACUUCAACUUGGAUGAAAACUUCCGCAAGGGUUUGGACUGGUAUCGUGCUCAGAUGCCUCUCACCCAUGCCGGGCAGGUGACCGUGGAAAAGACUCCAGGUUAUUUCACAGCGCCCGCGGUUCCAGCCAGAAUGUGGUCGAUGAAUCCGGCGGUGAAGCUUCUUCUGAUCGUCCGCGAUCCAGCUGAGAGGCUCGUCUCAGACUACACACAGGUCCUGCAUAACCGCAUCCAGCAGAACAAACCGUAUCAACCCCUGGAAGAACUGCUCCUGCGCCGAGGACACAUCAACCCCAACUACAAGGCCCUCCAGAGAAGCCUUUACCACCAACAUCUGGCCAGGUGGCUGGCUUUUUUCCCCAGGGAGCAGAUCCAUAUUGUUGACGGAGAAGCAUUAAUCCGGGAUCCAUUCCCAGAACUUCAAAAAGCAGAGAAAUUCCUGGAACUUCCACCACAAAUAAUGCCAGAUAACUUUUAUUUCAACACCACUAAAGGGUUUUACUGCCUGCUUUCCGCAGGACACGACAAGUGCCUGGAUGAAUCAAAAGGGAGGCCGCAUGCACCUCUCAGCAACGAGGCUUUCCAAAAGCUCUGUCGGUUCCUCAGAUUGCCCAAUCAGAUCUUUUUUAGGAUGACAAGCCAGACUUUCGACUGGUGCUGAUAAAACGGGUAGAUUUUAAAAACUGUAGACGAAUUCUGCCAUGAAACAUCCUGUCAGCCCAGGACUCUAAACAUUAUUUGAUAUUUGACGGAAACUUCAUUAACGUCUGGCUUUAUUCCAACCAGAACUUCUAAGCAAACUUGGUUUAAGUCCAACAGUGGGAAGGGGGAAAAAAAGAAGAAAAGGAGCACAAAUGUGGAAAACAUACAGUACCCCUGGCGCAAAGGUUCCUCCUGGUGUUAGUUAUGCAGAACUGCAACAAACCUUGAUCUUGAAAGUUAGGGGUCUGGAACAGAUUAAUGGACCAUAGCUCAGGCUGUAGCUCAGGCUUUACUAAUCUCAUCCACAGAAUAGCUGUUUGGUGUAAAUGAAAAACUGCAGCUGCACUGGGACUUUGUGGAUAUGAAUUAUAGAGCCCUGCUCUAGAUUAAUUGUAUGUUGAAAAUGAUGAUAGAUAUACAAAAAAAAAAGCUGCUGAGGGACACGAGUAAGAUGGAUGUACUCAUGUUGCCAAUAGGACAAACAUUACAUAGCUGAUACAUUCAGUGUAUUUUAUGUACGUUAAAAAUGUUGGAACAAGUGUAUGACUGAGCGCAUUAAUCAUUCUAGUAAUUAGUUUAAUCUCUGCCAUUUGUAAAAUUAAUCUUUUAUGUUUUGUCUGCCAUUUUGAGUAAGGUUAUAUUUUUAAACACUCUUCAAAAAGAAAAUUGUCUCUAUGCAUUUUCUUUCUCUUUACACAAUACACAAAUGUGCAAAAUUAUGGUUUAGGACCAUUACUCAAAUAUCAUGUAAAUCUCCAAGUUCCACUUUGAAAGCUAAAAUACAAUGAUCUGACAAUCUGAUGAUCAAUUACUAGCUGCAUGUUUCUUAAUUAUAUUUGUACUUAUGACUUGACUAAUAAUAGUGUCAAAAACUAUGUGCUGAAGUGUUUGAAGCUUUCUCUUGGAGAUUUAAGAGAACAGUGUUAAGUACCAUGUACAACUAAAUAUUAAAUUUUUACAACUGUUGUAAAAAAAAAUUAUACAUAAUAUCCCAAUAUCUUCAGUCAAAUGAAAAUAAUUUUAUUCCUUAUUACAUUUCUUAUUUACUGUCAGCAAUUUUAUUUUAUUCUUCGUUGAAAACCACUUUGUCAAGUGUCACAGCAUUUAAUGAGCUGUGAGGUGGUGAACCAUAACCACUGCGCCAUGAGAGAGAGAACAGCAGUCCAUCGCAGGACAACUUGGACUUGCAUUUAAUUCCAUGUCCUCAUUAAAUAGUGUUUUUUUUUUUUUUAUCAAAGAAUGUUUUCUUAAAGCAUUUCAAAAACCCCAGGACUAUCACUAUUAAGCAAGCCACAGGCAACAGUGGCAAGUGAAACAAAUGGAUAAUUAACUAUGUAGAAAACAAACACUACCAAAAGCAAUCGAACCACUUUUGAAAAACAUUCAACUCAUUUCUUAGCUAUGUACAUGAACCAGUAAACCUUGCACUUAUUAAAAGGACUGAUUAAAAACCUUAACUCUGGUCAUGCUGUUUUGAGUGUUAACUCCACAUUAACCCGAGAACACAAUACAGAUUAGGUCAAAGCAGUCACUGAGCAAUCUGAUUAACAUCAGAGUGAAAAAAGAGACAAACAUUUUUUGUUUUGUAAAAAAUGUGUUUUUAUCAGUUCCAUUUUUUUCAGUAUAAAACACUUCUAUAACUCUGGCCAAAUCAAACAAAUUCACUUUUAUAACAGGACAAAAAUCACAAUUUCUGCAUGUCUCUCUAAAAUAGCUUUGAACACAGGGAUCUGGUUUUAAACUAAUAUUGUAGAUGGUAACAAAACUAACAAAUUACUCAGGGUUAGCUAAUACAAUGUGAACAUUAAUUUAAAAAAAAAAAAAAAAAAAGUGUAGAAAAGAACGGAUGCAA